AUGAGUCAAAUUAUAGAGAACCCCAAAAUGAGUGCAAGGAAGAUGAAAGCUAAAGUGUCAACAACAUUCAACAUAAAUGUGAGUGUGGGGCAAUGCAGAAAUGCAAAGAAAUUUGCAUUACAAGAGAUUGAAGGAAGUUUAAUUGAACAUUAUGGGAGAUUGUGGUCAUAUGGUGAGGAAAUUAUCAGGUCAAAUCCUGGGUCUACUGUGAGAUUGGAUGUAGACAUCAUGCCAGAUUCCACAACUUUGUUUUCUAAGUUUUAUGUGUGUUUCAAAGCUGUAAGGGAUGGUUGGUUAGAAGGGUGCAGGCCAGUAAUUGGGCUUGAUGGUUGCUUUUUAAAGGGUAUAGUUAGAGGAGAAGUUAUUUCAGCUGUUGGGAGAGAUGCAAACAACCACAUCUACCCUUUAGCAUGGGCUGUGGUAUGUGUUGAGAAUAAAGAAACAUGGAAGUGGUUCAUAGAUUUGCUUAUGGAUGACAUUAAUGGUGGUCUUGGUGCAGGCAUUACCCUUCUUUCUGAUGGACACAAGGGGUUAUUACAAGCAGUUAAGGAAAGAUGUCCAGAAGCUGAACAUAGACAAUGUGACAUUCUGGCCAAUUUUAAUAAAAGGUUUACUGGUCAACAAUACAUAAAGUUAUUUUGGAGGGCUAUAAGGGCUAGUACUGUGGAGAAGUUCAGAGGUGUAAUGGAGAACAUCAAAUCUAUUGAUACUCAUGCUUAUGAUUACCUUAUAGACAGAGAUCCUACUACCUGGUCUAAGGCAUUCUUUCAAGAAGGAAGAGACUGUGAUGCAGUGGAGAAUGGGGUCAGUGAGAGUUUCAAUUCUGCUAUUAGGCAUGCUAGAAGGAGACCUAUAAUCACUAUGCUGGAGGAGAUUAGGUUAUUUGUGAUGGAAAGGAUAUACACUCAAAGAGUUGAAGGAAUGGAAUGGGAUUUGCUUAUAUGUCCAACUAUUAGGAAGCGUAUAGAACAUCUGAAGGUUAAACAGAGAUUGUGGGGAGUUACUCCUUGUGGUUAUCAAAAGUAUGAGGUUAGAUUCACUGAUGUUGCAUAUGGAGUGGAUCUAAUUGCAAAGAAGUGUGCCUGUAGAAUAUGGCAACUUACAGGGAUACCAUGCUUACAUGGAGUGGCAGCAAUAUCUUACUUAAAUCAUGAUGCUGAGGCAUAUGUGUCCCAAUCAUACACUACUGAGGCUUACCUAAAAUGCUACAAAUAUAGCAUUAAUCCUCUCAAUAGUAGUGAAAUGUGGCCAGAUGUUCCAUACCAUAAGCCUUUGCCUCCCAAAAGAAGAAGAUUACCUGGUAGGCCAUCUGUGAAAAGGAAGAGGGAUGCAAUUGAACGAGAGUUGAGUGGAUCAAUACCAAGUUCAUCCAGGGGCAGUGGAGCAGACCCAAGUUUAUCUAGGGGCAAUGAAGGACCACCACCUCCUCCACCACCACCUGCAGCCCAACAACCUCCUCCACCACCACCUGCAGCCCCCAUGCCAAGAAGAAGGGUCCCAGUUAGUAGAAGUGGAAGGAGGAAAUAUUCUGAACGGAUUAUCAAACAAGCAUUAAGGAGGCAGAUACCUGGGGUUGGGAGCAAUGCAGAUAACCCUUCAGUUAUUGAUUAAUUUAGGGGAUAAUAGUGGGUGGGUAGGAAUAUCUUUUGUAAGGCAGUUGUGAUGUAAAGACAAAGUAGUAGUCUUUUUAUUAUGCUUUUCUAUGGUACUAUCAAGUAGGUGUAUGGGCACAUGGUGGCCCUUCUUUUGUCUAUGCAGGAAUCUUUUGUGUUACCUAGAAACUACUUUUGUGUAUGCAGACAAAAACUUAUAUAACUGUAGAAUAUUAAUGGCGUAUUACAAUGAAUCCAACCACCACAUUCACUUA